AUGAGAAAGUCGCAAGAAAAAACGCUCGCGUUUAGAGAAGUCAGUGAGAAAACUUUGUUUGACAUAUCUGCAUGCAAGUGUGGUGAAGAUUUUGAUAAUUGUUUUUGUAAAAACAAAGUGCCUAAAAGAGAAAGAGAUUUUUUAACCGACCAAAGAACAGUGCGUAAGAUGAUAAUUGGCAAUACAGAUAAAAAAAUUAGUCAAAGUCUACAGAAAAGUCUGGCGAGAAAAGCCAAAGAAGAAGCCAGAUUGUCGAAGAUUGAAGGUCCUUGUGCAAAAAAACAGAAAUGUGACAACCUGGCUUUCGAUGAAGUUGAAGAAAUAAAACAAAUCAAUUUUCCACCUGACUCUUCAGAAGAGUAUAAACCAUCCACACCAAGCCAGCUUAGAAGACCUUCUCCAUCAAAUUUUAGAAAAAGUGUUAAAUUGCCUAACUUAGCCCAAAUUAUAUGUUGCUGUUCAAAAUCCGUCAACGGCAUUAAAAGUGUUAGCUCAGUAUGUGAUGAAGGAUCAAAUCAUUUUUUUGGAAUUAUUAAAAAGUGUCGUUAUUUACCUGAAGAGUUAAAAAAUUUAUUAAAUCCGGUUUUACAAAGAAAUGCUUAUUUUGCUCACCCGGAAAAUAUUCUGUUAUCGAUGUUGGCUGAUGAACAAAAGCACAUAAGGGAAUUAGCUUUAAGGCGGAUAUUAAAAUGCAGAGCUAAUGAUGCCACUCUAAAUACUGUUCGAGUCUUCAAAGUUCCAAAGCUAAACUUUGAUGCGAUCAACUAUUACGACAUGAUCGAUUGGCAUGCAACCGAGAUCACAGAGCCACCCCUUACAAAAGAUAUCACAACUGAAGCUUUAGAACAGAUGAUAAUGGAUAUUCCUAAUAACAUUGAAUUUUUGAAGUUGCCUUGCCAUACUCAGGCAGUAGAAAGAAUGAUAAAAUUAGUUACAGAAGCGUCACUUUCAGUUUGUGGAGAAAAAGCAAGAGAUGGCUUUAUUCGUACUAAACUUGCAUCUCAAAAUGAUAUACCAAAAUUUGAAACUAAAAAACACUUCAUUAUUUAA